AUGAAAAACGAAUUGAAGAAGAAAACAGAUAUAAAAGCAACUGGAAAUAAAAAAAUUAUUUUGAAAGAUUGGGAAGAAAAAUUGCUGGACAUUAUAGAUAAAGAUGACAAAAGCCCAAUAUUGCAUAAAAUUCCUGGAGUGGCAACAACGGGAUUGAAGCCAUUGGAAAAUAUAGAAAUGCAAAAACCAGCGGAAACAAGGCACGUUUUAGUUAGACCUCCUCCUUGCUCUAAUAUUACACCAUCAAAACCAAAAAAAAAUAAGCUGGAAGGGAAAGAAACAGAUGAGACUGCAAACUUAUGCACAGCAGAUCUACAAAGAUUGGUUCUUCUUGAGCAAUUAAAACUUACGCGUAUGCAGAUCGGGCGAGAACAACUUUUAUUGAACAAGCUACGUCAAGUCUAUACGAAACCCAAGGUCCCGAAAGCCAAGAUCCUGAAAGCCAAGGUCCUGGAAGCCAAGAUCCCGAAACUUCAACGUACAGUUUAG